AUGGAAUCAUCAACCGUAACCAAGACAACCUUACCGAACCACGAAGAGACCGAUACAAAGUCAGCAGAGUUCGAGAAGAAUCGGAAACGCUACCAAGACCUAAUCGCAACAUUUCCUUCCGAGAAAGGCUGGCGACCGAAAGCUUCCCUGAUAAAGUAUGGUGGCCAGUGGUUUAAACAGCUUCUCCUUGAAUGUUCCCUCUACGCAAAAGAGUUCUUCCAAGCACAACCAACUGACUUCUUCAUAUGUACUCUCCCAAAGACAGGUACCACUUGGCUCAAAGCUCUCACUUUCACCAUCGCCAAUCGUUCUCGCUUCGACGAGUCCACAAACCCUCUCCUAAAACAUAACCCCCAUGAACUCGUUCCUUUCAUUGAGAUAGAUUUCGCUUUCUUGUCUCACAAGGAUGUUUUAAAUGACAAAGAGAACACUCUUUUCUCAACUCAUCUCCCGCAUGGGUUGUUGCCCGAAUCUAUUUCCAGAUCGGGUUGUAAGAUGGUUUACAUAUGGAGAGACCCAAAGGACACAUUCAUAUCCACGUGGUUUUUCAUUCAAAAGCAGAUGAUUGUCAAUGGCCCUCUGAAUAGUCUUGAGGAGUCUUUUGAUAUGUUCUGUCGAGGUGUUUCUGGCUAUGGUCCUUAUCUAGAUCAUGUCUUGUCGUAUUGGAAAGCUUACAAAGAUAAUCCAGAACAGGUUUUGUUCCUCAAGUAUGAGACGAUGAGAGCUGAUCCUUUCCCGGAUGUGAAAAGAUUGGCUGAGUUUAUGGGUUAUGGAUUUACAAGCGAGGAAGAGAAGGAAGGGGUUCUUGAGAAAGUUGUGAGUCUUUGUAGUUUCGAGACGUUGAAGAGUCUUGAACACAACAAAGGGGAGAAAGAAAAAGGACGUUUUGGUCUUUAUGCGAAUAGUGCAUAUUUCAGGAAAGGAAAGGUCGGAGAUUGGAAGAAUUACCUGACUCCGGAGAUGGCAGCUAGAAUCGAUGGAUUGAUGGAAGAGAUAUUCAAGGGUACCGGUUUGCUUGAACAUGGCUUUCUAGGCCCAACGACUAAUCCCACGAGGCUCACCGCAGUCCACGUAUUCUUACCAUUUAAGGCAGCCCGGGUGGCCAAGGGGACUCGAACCCAAGUGGCGGAAAUCAACCCCUUUACCACUGGGCCACGAGGCCUUGGUUCCUUAUAG